AUGUUUUACAAAAACUUUUAAGUGAUUCAGUAACUUACUACUUUGGAAGCUUUAUAGUUUAAAAUUUCAUAUACCUGGUGUUUUGUGAUUCUAACAAAGUGGAAAGUUUACUUGUAGACCAUAAGUGGAACCGUGCUGAAUAUUUAUUUCAUCCAUUUGAAUUGCGGCCAGUUCGCUUUAAAAAUAUUUUGAAGUGUCACAGACUUGUGUUUUUACAGUGAUGAAACGGUUGCAAGUGUGAGUCCAUUAUACAAUUUGGUAAUGAAAAAGUAAGAUAAUUAAAUAGCAAUUUAUUAAUACUGCGAAUAAACUUUGUGAUAAUGAAAAUUUAUUCAAAUUAUUAAGUGUGACUUCUUCGCGGUGAGUGAGAAUCGUGUGUGACAGAACAACAAACCAAUGUGUUGAUGAUUUAUCGAUAAUGUUUCAAAAAGCUUCAAAUUUCGGAUCUGAUGAAGGCAACUGUGGACAAAAAGACUUUUUCAGAAGUAAUGGCAAAACUAUACCAAGGCCUAUGUCGUGGUCCUUCCAUGGAAUGUUGGAUUUGUCAAUACGAGGAAAUAGCAUAAACAUGGCAUUGAAAAGAAAGGUCGAUCCAGAAUUGAUUUUCACCAAACAAGAAAGAAUCGGCAAGGGUUCGUUUGGAGAAGUUUUUAAAGGUAUUGACAACAGAACUACGCAAGUAGUCGCUAUCAAAAUUAUCGAUUUAGAAGAAGCCGAAGAUGAAAUCGAAGAUAUUCAACAGGAGAUUAUGGUGCUGUCCCAGUGCGACAGCCCGUUUGUUACGAAAUAUUAUGGAUCUUACUUAAAGGGUACAAAACUAUGGAUCAUUAUGGAAUAUUUGGGUGGCGGGUCAGCCUUAGAUCUGAUGAAAGCGGGAAACUUUGAAGAAAUGCACAUUGCUAUUAUUUUAAGAGAAGUCUUGAAGGGAUUAGAUUAUUUACAUAGCGAAAGGAAAUUACAUAGAGAUAUUAAAGCUGCGAAUGUUCUGCUUAGCGAAAUGGGAGACGUUAAACUAGCUGAUUUUGGCGUUGCCGGCCAAUUGACCAAUACAACAAGUAAGCGAAAUACCUUUGUGGGAACCCCCUUUUGGAUGGCUCCGGAGGUGAUCAAGCAGUCCGCGUACGAUUCUAAAGCUGAUAUAUGGAGUUUAGGCAUCACAGCCAUAGAACUUGCCAAAGGAGAACCUCCCAAUGCAGAGCUUCAUCCGAUGAGGGUGUUGUUUUUAAUUCCGAAGAAUAAUCCUCCCCAGUUAACAGGAAGCUAUAGUAAACAAUUCAAGGAUUUUGUGGAAGCCUGUUUAAACAAAGAUCCAGAAAAUAGACCAACAGCGAAGGAGUUAUUAAAAUAUCCAUUUAUAAGAAAGGCGAAAAAGAAUUCCUACUUAAUAGAUCUUAUAGACAGAUACAAAAAAUGGAGGUGUACUAGGAACGAAGAAUCUGAAACAGAAUCAGAAAAUUCCGAUUCUGAGGAACCAAAACAGGAUGGCGACUUAGAUGACCCAUGGAUCAUGACGGUGAAAGGAAAUAUGAAAUUACCCUUGGACGAAAUACCAUCCCCUAAUCACAAAGCUGGAAAUAAAGUUCAAAACGGUUCGGGUCCUAUGUUGAGCAAAUCUCCUCCGACUGAUUCCAAUCUCAAUCAUUAUAAACCAGAUAAAUCUAACUUGUCAAAAUCGCCGGUAGUACAAUCGCCACUAGACAACAGAAAAGAUAAGGACAGAGAUCGAGAAAAAGAAGCCGACCGAGAACGAGAACGUGAGAGAACAGAUGUAAAGGACAAAGAGAAGAGAAUAUCUCGUGAAUUGAGUCCAUUGGACCACCGAGGUGAUAGUAUAGCGGCGGAAAAGAAAGCAAAUAGAAAAUCUGGCUCAAAUUAUAGUGGGAAAAUCGAAAGUAGAUCGCCGGUACUUGGAAGUUUUAUAUACCCGCUUAUAUCAGAGUUACAGAGAAAGCACCAGUACAACAGGCGAAGCGCGGAAGCAUCUCAUAAAUCAAGUGACGCGAUAGAGGAGCUAGAGAAUGCAUUUGAGAUUGCCGAGAAGACAAGCCCAGGGAUAAGUGAAAUGUUCAUUUGUGAAUUGGUGCAAAAAUUGGUGCCAUCCAUUUCAGAACAGAGACUUAAGGGUGUGUUAGAUAAAGUUGUAAGGGAUACGUUGUAGGAAGAAUUUGGUUAGAUUUCAGUGGAGAGUUGCUAAUUGAAAAUUUGUUGGUUCGGUUGAAAGUUAUUCUCUCGUUAUUCCAAGUUGUUAAAAAUACUUACCAUUUACAUGACAAUAUCUUAUAUCUAUUGAGCUUAUUACUGGUUAAAUUUUAAGCAGACAUUCUUCUUAUAGAGUAAUAGUUGAUGAUUAACACCACUAUACCCCCUCACCGUUCACGUUUUCCAAGGCAAUUCUACGUCAAACUUAUCACAUCUAUUUAUUAACUAAACAUAACUUAAUAACUUCUUAGCGAACUUGUCAAAUCCAGUAUAUUUGAUACAGAAAUAUUAAUUAAUUCAAAUUUAUUUAGUUAACGAAAUGAGAAGUCCCAAAACGGUAAAUGUGAAAACCUCUACCGUGGAACCAAUUUCUGGGCACAUCCUUAAUCUCUGCAUUUUAUAAUUUAUAAGGCAAGCAGACGACGAAUAAAGGAGACAGAAGGAAUUCUACAAUAUGCAGUCACAUUCCGUCUAUUCGUCUUGGAAAAACGCCAACGAAACUUCUUUAUUCGUCGUCUGCUUGUAUUAUAAAUUGUAAAAGGCAGAGAUUAAGGAUGUACCCGAUAAAUUGGUUCCACGGUAGAGGUUUUCACAUUUACGGAUCUGGGACUUCUUAUUUCGUUAAUAGAUGUCGCUACAGAGUCCAAAACGCGAAUUAUUUUUAUAAUUCUGCUUAAAUAGACAGUUUGGUUUUUGAUUCAGAGCUGAUCGUGUAGCCCCUCUGAUGAGGUCUGUGGAGACUGAAACGUACGUAAGGGGAUGCUUGAUCAUAUCUGAACCGAAAUGAAACAUAAGUUGUAUUUCAUUUUAUUUAGUUAAAUUGUUUUACAAAUUUGAUUUGAUGUUUAGUUUUUCACAUCAUAAUCAUAAUCAAGUGAUUAUAUUAUUUAUUUUAUGUUACUACAGUCCUAGCCAAAAAAAUGGGCCACCUUAAAAAUGGGUCAUUUUUGAUGUCUUGAAUCUCCUAAACUUGUUGUCCGAUUUUAGUGAUUUUUUUAAUAUGUUAUAGCCUUAUUGUCUAAGAAUAUGGAUGUAGUAAUAGUGUUGCUGAACAUAAUGUCAUUGUAUACCGGAUGUAACAAUAAUACUGUGUUUUUUUUUCCUCAAAGUUCGUAACACCCUGUGGAAUAUUCUAGCAUUUAAAAAAUAUUGAUAUUAAAACUCAAUUGUAGCCUUAGCCUUUCUUAACAGUCUGCUUUUUGACUCAUUCACUUAUGUUGGAUAAUAAAAAAGUUAGGUACUUGGACAACUAGCCAUGUUCUUCAUCAAUACAGGGUGUUUCUAAAUAAGUGCGACAAACUUUAAGGGUUAAUUCUGCAUAAAAAAAUAAUGUCAGUUUGCUUUAUAAACAUAUGCCCGUAAAUGCUUCGUUUCCGAGAUACGGGAUGUUGAAUUUUUUCUUAUAAACUGACGAUUUAUUUAUUGCUCUAAAGCCGGUUGAGAUAUGCAAAUGAAAUUUGGUAGGUUUUAAGAAGUAGUUAUUUCACAUUUUUUCACAUACAACUAAAAAUUGUAUAUUCGCCAUUGGCGUGUAUAUGACCGGGUAAUAUGACCCGUAUGCACGCCCAUGGUGAAUAUAAAAUACAUAAUUGUACGUCAAAAAAUGCGCAAUGACUGCCUCUUAAAACCCACCAAAUUUCAUUUACAUAUCACAACCGGUUUUAGAGCAAUAAAUAAAUCGUCAGUGUGUAAGAAAAAAAUCAACACCCGGUAUCUCGAAAAUGAAGCAUUUGCAGACAUAUGUUUAUAAAUUAAUCGGUCAUUAUUUUUUCAUGCAGAAUCACCCCUUAAAGUUUGUCGCACUUAUUUAGAUACACCCUACAUUGAUGAAGAACAUGGCUACUUGUCAAAGUACCUAACUUUUUCAUUAUCCAACAUAGGUGAAUGAGUCAAAAAGCAGAAUGUUAAGAGAGGCUAGGGCUACAAUUGAGUUUUAAUUUCAAUAUUUUUUAAAUGCUAAAAUAUUCCACAGGGUGUUAAGAAAUUUCAAGAAAAACACAGUAUUAUUGUUACACCCGGUAUACAAUGACAUUUACCUGUUCAGCAACACUAGGUUUGUUCGUAGAACGAUCAGCAACCGUUGCCAACCGUCAGACGCAAGCGCGUUCGUAGUCUACGAACUCGAACUGUUAACUGCGCAGCGCUAACUGUUAACUGCGCAGCGCUAACUGUUAACUGCGCAUGCGUCUGAUGGUUGGCAACGGUUGCUGAUCGAUUGGAUCGUACUACGAACAAACCUACUAUUACGACAUCGAUAUUCUUAGAGAAUAAGGCUAUACAUAGGCUAUAAACAUAUUUAAAAAAUCACUAAAAUCGGACAACAGGUUUAGGAGAUUCGAGACAUCAAAAAUGACCCAUUUUUAAGGUGUCCCGGUUUUUUUUGGCCAGGAGUGUAUAAAGUUUUUAUUUUUUAAACAAUAUAUUUAUUUAACAGCGAUUAAAAUUUACAUUCUCUACGCUCUUUUGCUAACUUAAGAACUGUUUAUUUCAGUUUCAAUACUCGUCGUGAAUUUUCUCAACGGGAAUAAAUAUUUUUAAUUUUAGUUUUAGUCAACUGACAACUCUUUUUGCGUCUUCUGUUUCUAUCUAUGCAGUGGUUAUAUAAUAGGGUUUAUGUGGAUUUCUAAUUUCUGAUGAUGCUUGAUACUUCGUUUAGAUGCUGAUCAAUACAGGAUACGAGAUUUACUAGAUUUUCUGACACACACCCAUAGUGAAAGCACACAAUUCCAUUAAUAUCGAAAAAAAAAAUAGGGAACUUGCAUACAAUUUUGAAUUCGAAAAAAAUGCUAUAAAAUCCCAACACAACAUAAUUUAAAAUAUAUGUAUAUCGGCGAAAAAAAAGUUGUUUUUGUCUUUCGUUUGGUCCCUAAAAACGAUUAAAAUUGUCCUGAAGCUAUUUCUUUGUGGCAUUUAUGUAAUUUACUAUAUUAUGGCUUAUUUCCCAGUUAGAAUAGUAAACGAUUAAAAUCGAGAGAAAAUUCAAAUUAUAGCAGCAUUGGUCGUGACGUCAUAAAGUUAAAAAUGUUCAAGUUCGGCGCCAUUAAUUAUUUAUUACAUUUGAUAUUCGUUUACUUGUUGUAGUCAUUUUAUGGUGUAUCUAUAGUGUUAUAGUCUUUAGAUAGUUGCUGUGAACUAUAUAUUUCAUAUAUGAGUGUUUUUGUUAAGACAAUUUUUUUAAAAUCACAGAAGAGGGUUUUUCUAAAUGAACAUAAAUAUAUUAUUAUGAUUAGUUUAUUUUAUUUUCACAUACAUGAAGACCGUGAGAAUAAACUAAAAUGUCUUUAAUAUCCUUUCAACAUGCAUGUAAUCACUUUAUUAAACGCCGUUUAUUAUCGACUGGUAAUCUGAUAAUUUUAUUGGGGGUUUUAAUGGUUGUACUUUAACACACUAGUACUAAACAACACUUACAACAUAGUAUUUACUUUUAUUUUCCAUAGAAAACACACACACACACAAUAGGGAACAUGCACAUUUUUUUAUUACAUAAUAAUGUUGUUUUGUAUAAAAAUGAGAUUUCCAAAAUUUCACGCUUCAAAAACUCAUAAUAACUUAGAAGUACAAAUUUAAAGUCUUCGGUAUCUUAAAAUAGGUCAAACGGCCCGUGGCGUCACUCAGUUUAACUAUAUGGUUCCGUUUAUGGUUAUAAUUAGGUAUAUUCUUCUUCUUCUUUAGUUUAUUGGCCUCCACCUAUUUUGGUAUACCUCGUCGCGGAAUAAAGGAAAAAUAUUUAUAUUCUAUUAACAUUUAUCGUAUGUCAUUGUAAUAAUAUAUACCAGUUUGUUGACAUUGGAGUUUGAUAUAGUUAUUGAAGGAAAGGAAAGAAGGUUUACUACGGAAAAUAAAACCAUUUUGUAAAAGUUCAAACGAUCAAAACACUUGUAACGUCAAAUAAAUGUAUUUUCUACUGACGUUUAUAACGUCUAAUUUAAAAUUCUGUUUACUUUGUUGGAAAAAUGUAAAUGUACAACGGAGUGACGUCAAACGAAAGACCUACAAAACUUUUUUAUCUUUGAUACAUGUUUUAAAUUAUGUUCUGUUGGGAUUUAUAACAUUUUUUUCGAAUUUAAAAAUUAAUGCAAGUUCCCUAAUAACUAUCUCUUCGAAAAGUGUAUUAAACUCCAAAGUAAACAACAUGGUAUUCUCCUUUUCAUGAACAUUUUUCAGUGCGUCACAAAUUAUAGAAAAAAAGGUAAGUCCGUGAUAAUACACAUUUAUGACAUUUAUUCUAACGUGACAUUUUAGUUAAAUCUGAUAGUUGUCAAAUUUUAUUUUCAAUUUGGAAUAAAACCAAAUCAAUUGUGUCUAUUGCAUUUAUAAAAUGGUAUUUUCUUUCAUUUGUAUAGUCUUAUAAAUUGUACAGAUUAUAUUGAUAAUAUUAUUAUUUUAUUUAAUAAAUAAUUCUUUUUUGAUUAUGGCGCCAUCUAUCGACAACUAGAAUAAUCACCGAACUAGAAUAAUUACCGAAGUAUUCCCAGACGUGCCUUUUUUUCUGUCACAUACAAUUUAAUGCGUUAGAGAGAAAUCGAAAAACUGUGACGCACUGAAAGAUGAUCAUGAGAAAAAGAGUAUAUGUAUACUUUUAUAUAAGACAGGAGAAAUGUCAUUACAAAAUAUUACGAUAUGACGUCACAAGGGUUCGUGCGCUUUUUCGAUCGUUUGAAAUGAUUGAAAUAAAUGUAAAUACACAGAAUAUUUUAAAUUUGUACUUCUACGUUAUUAUGAGUUUUUGAGGCGUGAAAUUUUAAAAAUUUUAUUUUUAAACGAACCUGAACAUUAUUAUGAAAUAAAACAAAAAUGUGUAAGUUCCCUUAUGUAUCGUUUAUUAGAACUGAAAAUGCUUUUGUUUACAUAUGCUGCAUGGAUAGUGAGAACGAAGUAGCGUAGUAAUUUUGAAUACUUUGUAUCAAGAAUACUGGAUUUGCCUCUUAAAAAAGUAUUUUUUAGAAAUUUCGACAUUUGUAAUUAGAAUUGUCCUCAGUAAGGUUCGAGUUUCCAAGAUUAUUUAGUUAAUAAUGUUUUUCAUAAUGGAAUAAAAACGUUAUGCCAUGUCCUCUUGGGAUGCAUUGUAUAUAUGUAUAUCUAGAUUGACCUAUAUUCUAUUAUUAAGAUCAUAUUUUUUCUUGCAAUGUAUUUUUUUAGAUGUGUAAAUAUAUAUCAAUAAAUAGUUACACUGUUA